GCCAAGUAACCGGGGCACGCAAAGGCGGUGCAUCACUACGGCAAGUCGGGGGUGGGCAAAAUCUUACCAGUACGUCUGGUGAAGAAACAUACAGAAAAGGUUUUCAAUGCCGGGUCACCAUAAAGAUGAAGGGUCCUAGAGACAGCCAGGAGUGCUGUGAGAGUUAUGUUCUUUGACUUCUCCAGCGCUUUCAACAUCAUCAGACCGGCGCUGCUACGAGGGAAGCUGGAGGAUGCAGGAGUGGAUGGACACCUUGCUGCCUGGACCACUGAUUACCUCACUGACCGGCCACAAUACAUGAGGCUGCGCAGCUGGGAGUCAGAGGUGGAUGAUCGUUCAAGGCGUCUGCAGGACUUCCUUCAGUGGUGUGACAGAGUUGGUCUGGUCCUCAGUAAUAAGGUGUGUGUGAGCACAGUGGGAACAGUGGCAGAUUAUGGGAUGCUAGCGAAGGAAGACAUAGAAGAAGGGGAGGUUUUGUUUACUAUCCCCAGAUCUGCUCUCCUCCAUCAGGAAACAACAAAGGUUUCUGCCUUGUUGAAGAAAGAGAAGUCGUUUCUGGAGAGCUCUUCCGGUUGGGUUCCCCUGCUGCUGGCUCUGCUUUAUGAGUCUACGUCCUCUAAGUCCUACUGGAAACCUUACCUCUCUCUGUGGCCUGGCUUCAAAGCCUUGGAUCACCCCAUGUUCUGGUCUAAAGAGGAACGAGACAACCUGCUGAAGGGAACAGGAAUCCCUGAGGCAGUCACCACAGACUUGUCCAAUAUCCAGAGAGAGUACACAGACAUAGUCCUGCCUUUCAUAAUGAGACAUCCUGAGCUGUGGAACCCCAACACACACACUCUGGAGCUGUACACCCAGCUGGUGGCCUUCGUCAUGGCCUACAGCUUCCAGGAGCCGCAGGAGGAAGAUGACGAUGAAGAUGAUAAGGAGCAGGAGAAGAAGGUCCCUCCAAUGAUGGUUCCCAUGGCAGACAUGCUCAACCAUGUGUCCAACCACAACGCUAAUCUGGAGUUUAAUCCAGACAGCCUGAGGAUGGUUUCUCUGCGGCACAUACUUAGAGGCGAGGAGGUGUUCAACACGUACGGACAGAUGGCCAACUGGCAGCUUCUGCACAUGUACGGCUUCACGGAGCCAUAUCCGGGCAACAGCAACGACACGGCUGACAUUCCCAUCUCCUGCCUCUAUCAAGCUGCCACGCAAGACAUUCAGUCUGAUUCUGAGCGGCAGAUUUUCGAUGAGCGCUUCCAGGUUCUGUGCCAGAUGAUGCAGGAGAAUGGAGCUCUGGUGUUCAGUAAACAGGGCUGCCUCACAGAGUCUGAGCUACACUCUGCACUCAAGCUUCUGUGCAUGUCACCGGACGAAUUCUCAGAAUUUAAAGACAACGAAGGGUGGGAGGAAGACGAUGAAGAUGAUGAUAAGAUCACCCAGAUUUUCUCCAACGAAGGUCUUCCUGAUUUAAAGGCCUCUUGGAAACGACUGAUCCAUGAAGCAGCCCGGCUCACUCUGAAGUCGUACGGAGACGGAGAGCUGGAGAGCGAUCGGCUGCUGAUGGAGGACCAAGCAGCUCUUAAAGGACUGAGCAGCCGACAGUGGAGGGCGCUGCAGGUUCACUUUGGACAGAAGAUGAUCCUGCACAGACUGCUGCAGCUCACCAAGUCCUAAGUUCUGCUCUGAAAGGAAACAACAGUCUAAGCUGAGAGCAACCCCUGUCUGAAAACGGUCAAUAAACAUCUCUUUAUGA